CUCGUGGGCCAGGUGGCCCAACUAUCUGGUGGGGGCGUUCUUGAAAUCAAGUGUCCUUUCUUCAGUGGCAAGCUUGAGCAUGCAGGCCCAUGGUUUCGGGUGCCCAUGUGCUAUGUCCCUCAAGCUCAAGGGCUGUUGGAGAUCGUAGAUAGAGAAUGGAUGGAUUUUUAUGUUUGGACCCCAAAUGGAAGCAGCUUGUUUAGGGUUUGGAGGGACAGAGAGUAUUGGGCCUUGUUAAAGGGUGCUUUGGCUGACUUUUGGUGGAAGCAUGUGAUACCGGCCCGGGAGAUGUGUGAGAAGGAGGGGAGUGCUGAGGAUGUGAGGGCAUUAAGGCCUGCCUCGAGGCACGAGUUAUGCGAUCUGAUUGUGGCAGCAAGUACAAAGCUCUCAUGGGAGGCAAAGCUGCUGGUGAGGGAGAUACAUGGGAAGUUGAGGUGCUAGAGAGAGAGAGAGAGAGAGAGAGAGAGAGAGAGAGGUGGUAGUGAAGGAAUAAUUCAGGUUGUUUGCAAAUUCAGAUAGAGUGAGAAAGGAUUUUUUUUUGGGUGUGUGUGUUCUUUAGAGUUGUGGGGAUGAACGGAUGAGGAUUUUGAAAAUGUGAGCUAGGCAUAGAGACAGGUGGCCAUGAAGGAAUGGAGCCCUUCUGCCAUUUUCUAGAGAGUUGGGGGCACCGUCCUCCGAAAUAUUUUGGUUCUUUACUAGAGAGAGAGAGAGAGAGGAUUAAUAGAAGUAUGCAAGCUAAUUGCUGUAAGUUUAUCAAACUCAUUUUUUUUAUUUCAUUAAUCACAAGAAUAGGGGAAGUGUUUAUGUGCUUGGU